AUGACCACUAGGAAAGGGCAAGAUAAACAACCCAUGAAAAGAGAAAGAAAUAUAGAAUGUAAGUCAGAUAGAAGGCUAUCUUCGUCAGCUCCGCUGCAAACACAGAAAUUGGAAUUAGACCAACAACAAAAUUUAUCAGAUUCUUCUUCCCAAUCAUUUAAAGAAGCAGAACACUUAUCUCCAAAGGACAUUUCUUCAAAUCUAAGCCCAAAAGAAUAUAGCGCGGAUGAACUACAUAUUUAUCUUGAGUCCUGUUUUGAACGGCAACUUGAGAAAAUCAAAAAGGAGAUACAUGAUGGUUUGCUGGAAUUCAAAAUGGAGUUAUCACAGAUGGGAAAUAAACUUAAGCAGUAUGAAGAAAAAGAAGAAUCAAUGGAAUUUCAGCAAGCAACAACAGAAGAUACCAUGAGAAAGACAAAUAAAAAGAUAGAGGAUAUGUAA